AUGCCUAUUAAGCUGCCCAAGACAUUUGGUGGUCGCCGGAAGUCGUCUGGCAAUAUUCUGGAAGAGGUGGACGCACAACAGCAGUCCUCCUUCCGUGUCUUCGAGCGACCAGGCCCUCACAGAUCAAUGACAGAAGGUGCGCCUUUAAGCAAGCGCAUGAGCGAGGGCAAUGCCGUGCCGUCGACAUUGGAGGAUCCCGACAACAUUUUCGCCGGAACCGAGCAACCCCUGAGGAAGCGUGGCCCAACAUACGAGAGCUCGACUUCGACCCGACUCAGUUCCUCAUCGACCUUGCCAUCCUCCACGGAGGUUCCACCACCCGAUGAGGCCACAUCCCCGCAUUCGAGAAUGAACGAUAUCCCCGUUCCGCCUCCACUUGCGGCAGGCUUGCGCGCUGCUGCAGGCAGAACAUUCUCUUUUGGUGGCCGAUUCGGCAAAUCAUCGACACCUGCGCCUCUGCCCAGAAUUGAUACACCUGAUGCAUCGACGAGACGGGUCCAAACUGCCAGUACUGAUAGCACGGCUACCCCGCCGAAAUUGGCGGAUGGGCAAUUCAAUCUCGGGGCGGAUCUUGGAGGCGGAAGCACUGAUGAUUUUGGAAAGAUGUUUGAUCAUCUAGGCAAGCGGGACAGCGCCAUGUUGCGGGACCCAUCCCCUCGGCGGUCGAAGCAGUAUUCUUCGUCUCCUCCCACACAGGCUCUGCCUGAGUUCCAGGCCGGUGGAAGUGGAAGGGUACAACGGCCUGCGCCUCUGAACAUUGAUCGAUCCUCGGCCGUUGAACCCUCUCCUUAUUCAUGGGACAGCCAUCGUUCUCGUCAUUCCGAUGAUAAUUUGCUCAAUGAUCCAGACGUCGCACGAAUGGGCGACUUGGUGAUUGACAAUUCUUCUCCCGCCCACAACCCGGAUGCAGGAUUCCGCCGGGCAUCGCCAGGUUCGUCCCAGGCGCUGGGUGCUACAACUAACCAUCGAUCUCUCGAGCGACCACGAUCGGAUUACAAUAGUCUACGCCGGAGUGGAAUUUACUCGGGUAGACAAGCCGGUAGUCCGAUUGAUGAUGAGGAUGCAAAAAUGGUCAGGCAAUCCCUGCUGUGGAGCAAAGAGAGCUCUCCGCCACUGAACGACAACACGCCCCUCUACUAUAAAAGCAAAACUGUCAGCCCGGAUUAUGUGAACCCAGAGCCUGAAUCGAUGUUCGCGGAACGACACGAGCCUGAUCCGACCAUUGCGGCCCACGCGCGACUCGCGGUUCAAUACGCCGAGAAAAUGCCCAAGACGAACUCCCCGGGCAAUAAGGUUAUGACACCCUCUCAAUUUGAGCAUUAUCGGCAGCAACAGGAACUGCGGAGAGCCAAUAGCAGUGCUUCCAAGAGUGAAGACGAAGAGGAAGCGGAAGCAAACGAAUUUGAUGAAGAAGACGAGAUCGAGAAGCAGCGCGAGGCGGAACGACAGCGGCGCAAGCAGGAGGCUCACAUGUCGAUCUAUCGCCAGCAGAUGAUGAAAGUGACUGGACAACAAGCAGGAUCGCCAUUCCUUCGUCCCGUUAUGAGUGGAGGGAGCAGCAGCGUCCCUAAUUUGAAUCGACUUUCCGGUUCUAUCGGCAAUACCUCUAGCGGUAAGAGCAAUGAGGAGGAUGACGAUGAGGUCCCGUUGGGUAUUCUUGCGGCUCACGGAUUCCCGAACCGCAAUCGUCCACCAUCUCGCUUGAUCAAUGUCAGCUCCAACCCGAACCUUCGUGCGUCUAUGCAACCCCCGUAUGCGUCUUCUUCGAGCUCAGUUGUUGGUGCCGAACAAGGCGGCCGGGGUGGACUACCUGUUUUCGCCCGAGCUCUUCCUCGGGAUCCUUAUUAUGGCGCUGGCCUGGUCGCUGGGCCAAACCGCGAGUCUCUCGCUAUGGGUGGAGGAUCGGGCUCGGUGUACGGAGGCGCCUCGUCACCAGGCCCUCAUCCGGGUGGCCUGGUUAAUGUAAUUGCCAACGAAGAGCGGGCACGCGCAAUGCGACGCGGAAGCCCGAAUACCCAGGCGAUAUAUAAUAUGGGCGAGGUGCCUCGGCCGUUCUCGAUGAUGGGUCCGCAGCCAAUGAAUCCUAACGAGCAGGCUCAGCUGCAGCUGUCCCGUCAAAUGGCAGAUAUGAUGCAAAUGCAGAUGCAAUGGAUGCAGAUGCAAAUGCAAAUGCAGGGUGUGCCGGGAACCCCGCCUCCGAUGACGGUAAAUGGCAUGCUUGCUCCUCCUGGCAUGGGUGGUAUGCCUAUGGCUGGACCUCCGAUGGGCCCUCGCCCUCCCUCCAUGUCUGGCUUCCCAAUGGCAGGCCCACCGUCGAUGGGAGGCACCCCUUCAAUUAUGGGAGGCAGGCCAGUCUCCAUGCCUGGUCCGGCCCCUGGUGCCAAUCCCAAUUUCGACCAUCGCGCCCUCAGCAUGCUUGACACGAACGUCGCCGUGCGUCGCACUGGCUCGCCAAUGCCCAAUCUAUCUGGACCACCAUUCCAACCUCCGAACCCGGGCUACGCCUCAUCAAUCGCUCCCUCAGAGCGUAGUAAUGCCGGCCUAGCCUCUCGUUAUCGUCCCGUGUCGGUCAUGCCGGGCGAGGGCGCAAAUGCUCCAUCGCACCUGAACACCUAUGCAGAUGAAAAUCAGCGCGCCGGACUGCAGACAUCUCAAUCGCAGCCUCAUCUACCAAAGUCAUCGUCCCUCGCCACCGUUACGGUCCACCCCGUCUCCCCGGGCGGCCGCAAGGUCCAAAACACCGAUGACGACGAUGACGACGAAGCCUGGGCCGAGAUGAUGAAGAAACGCGACAAGAAGAAGAGCAGCUGGAAAAUGAAGCGAGGAAAUUCCUCGCUCGGAGACCUGCUGAGUGCCGUGCACUAA